AUAACUCGUCUGUUGGACCCACUCCGCCCUGGGUAGCGUUCUGACCGAGUUCGGCGCGGUCGCCGAAAAUUGUCCUUGAUUUCUCCUCGAGCCCUACAAAACGCGCCAUUACGACUGACAGAUGCCAGCACAUCAUGCACCUGCUCGCCAGCACGACGUUCAUUGCAUCGCUUGCGGCAUUCAUCGCUGCGACACCCGUCUUGUGGGACGGACGUGCACCGUUCAACUUGACGAAUGCUGAUCUUAAUAGCAACACGGGGCCAUUCCUCACCGUGGUCAGAGGCAGCGACAACGCGACUCACUACUCUUCGCUCCUAGGCCAUGCCCAGUUGCCAACCCCGCUCUGGAACGACGCUCUCGUGCUGCCGCGCGAGCAGGUAAUCUCCAUCUCGAUCGACAACACCUCCGUCUUCGUGCCGGGCAGUGGUGGCCCUCAGUUCGGCUUCCGACGCACGGAGUUCAUCGCGGCAAACAACGGAGACCACGACGAUUUGAACCCGGUGCUCGAGACAGGCACGACGGUCUUUCACGUCAGCAUCAAGCAGGACCCAGCGCGCCCGCUGAACUUCACGCACGAGUACCAGAUCGUGUUCAUCGAACCAAGUGAUGGGUCGCACGUUUUCGAGCUCCAGCUCGGCUCGCCGUUCACAGACCCGACGGGCCCGCUCCCCGCACCGGACGCACACUCUUUCAAGGUGCGCGACCACGCGCUCAACGUCCUCUUCGAGACGCCCUUCACUCCGUCGUCCUGGCAUAACUUCGCGGUGCAGGUCGACUGGACGAACCGCACGCUCGCGGUGCUGUACUCAACGGACGCCGCGCCGCUCGCUGUCGUCACCCAGCCCGCACCCAACCUGUCUGCAUCUCCCGGCGCCGCGGGCCAGGGCGACUUCCACUUUGGCGUGCUCAAGUUGCCGCUUGUGAACCCGAACGACACUGCCGCAGACCAGGGUGACGUCGUCCACUUUGGUAUCCAGGAGGGCGACACCGAGGCGCUGCUUUACUCAGGUGUGUUUGUCGAGGAUGUAUCGCAUGGCAUCAGCCUCGGGCAUGGACUAUAUACGCCCGCCCUGUAGUUCACUUGGUAUAAGCGGCAUUACGAAUGCUGUACUUGCAAUUUAUGUCGUACCUGGGUCAGGGAUAGCUGUACGUGCACCUACAGAUGUUCCUGCUGGUGCAUUAUUU